GCAUUGAUUGUGGCAUUUGUGUGAUUGAGUACUACGUGCUGUUUUGUUCAUGACAAAAAAUUUUGUAUAUAGUGCUUCAUAUAAAUAUUAAUAUUUUACUGGUGUAAAUAAAAAUCUAUAAAAAACAUGUCUCGCAGUGAAAGUCGCAUAUAUGUUGGAAACUUACCUCCAGAUAUCCGAACAAAGGAUAUUCAAGAUCUAUUUCACAAAUUCGGUAAAGUAUCAUUCGUAGAUUUGAAAAAUAGGCGUGGUCCGCCAUUUGCAUUUGUUGAAUUCGAUGAUGCACGCGAUGCUGAAGACGCAGUAAAAGCCCGCGAUGGUUACGACUAUGAUGGAUACAGAUUACGUGUGGAAUUUCCCCGUGGUGGAGGACCAGGUAGUUUUCGAGGAAAUCGAAAUGACCGAAACCGAAAUGAUGGCGGCCGUGGUGGAGGUGGUGGCGGUCGUGGACCACCUACUAAACGUUCACAAUAUCGAGUCAUGGUUACAGGUUUGCCAUCAUCUGGCUCAUGGCAAGAUUUAAAAGAUCAUAUGAGAGAAGCGGGUGAUGUGUGCUUUGCUGAUGCGUAUAAGGAUGGAACAGGUGUUGUAGAAUUUUUGCGCCAUGAAGACAUGAGAUAUGCAAUAAAAAAAUUAGAUGAUUCACGCUUUAGGUCGCAUGAGGGUGAGGUUUCAUAUAUACGUGUUCGAGAGGAUAAUGUUGAGGGCGGUGGACGUGAUAAUCGCGACAGGUCCCGGUCAUUUUCUCCGCGCGCACGCCGCCGAGGUACUCCUACUUAUUCUCCUCUACGCCGAUCAUAUUCCAGGUCAAGGUCUCGUUCACGCUCAAAUUUUUAAUUUAAUAUUAUUACAAAUUUUUAAAUAUUCACUCAAACUCAACCAAAUAACUAUAAUAAUUUGAAGAGUAACAGAGAAUAACAGCCGAAAAUUUAUGAUUUAUGUACCGAUGAUUUUAUACAAUUAUUCUUUAAAUCUCGCAAGUAUAUUUUGCGGUUUUGUUGAAAUUUAUCUCUAAAGUACUCAAUACAAGGUGAAAUAUGUUUUAUUUUUUCACAAUUAGGUACCCAGAACCUUACAUUCGAACUUAACAUAGUUACACUCAGUACAUUUUUGCGAAGAAAUUUAAAUAUUUAAUAUGAAUUAUUUUCCUAUAAAACUAAACAAAAAGUUCUAAUAACCAUACCUUUAUGAUUUUGUUGGAAUUUCUUUAACUAAUAAAAAACAAAAUUUGAAUUAUGUUAUAAUAUUAAUAUAUUUUUCUUCUUUCCGCUCUAUUCACGUAAAAUGUUAUGGAUGGAAUGGAAAUAUGGAUUAUUGGGAGUAACUAUAAUGAAAAUAUGGAUAACAGGAUUGUGAGGAUUUGGAUGUUUAUAUAAGGAUGAAAAUAUAUUUACUGCUGAACAUCUACCUUAAGUGAUAUUUUCGCGCGGGAUUUCAUUCUUUCUAUUCAACGUACCGGAUUGCUGCUACUACAUUUAAUUCAUUUCUUCUGUAAUAUGCCGUAAGAGAAUACCCUCCUGAAUGUAGCAGCUUCCUGCGUUACACUUCUUAUCUAUCCCACUGUUUUCGCUUCGCUUAUAUUUCAAAUAUAAUUCAAUGGAGAAGGAACAUAAAAUUGAUACCACAUAUUGUUUAGGACAAUUUAUAGGACUGCGAGGGAGGAUUAUUAAUUCAACCUUAAAAAUUAAACUUAGCUUUCAACUCAACCAUGUAAAGUCUGCCAUAGCGCCUUUAAACCUUUGAGUGAAAAUUCGGAUUAAACUCAAAGAAAUUAUACGCUUAUAGAUAUUGCGAUUGGAAUUCAUUAGUACUAUCUUCCGUAUUACUAGAAAGGAGUAAAUUCGAAGUUGAAAUGCGCUAGUGUUGAAUUAAAAAUGCCUUGGAAUUGGUAUGGACUUUUUUGUUUCAACAGUUCAGUACAUUGGACGUCCUUAGCAAACUGAUCUUGCUAUAAAGGAUUCAAAACAUAAUUUGAAAGGUCCCUAUUUAGCCUAACACUUAUCCACCACAUCAUUUGGAUUUCGCCAUAGUCUACGAGGUUAAAUGGAUUUUAGAAGAAAAGGAAAGGUCGAGGUAUUUUUUUUUGUGUCAUACACACACUAGGCUUAAAAGCCUUCAAACAUAAAGUUUCUUAGGACUUUUGGAUUUGUCUGACCGGUAAAUAUAUUGCCCAAU